AUGUUCCCUCUAUGGCAAUCACAUGGUUGGCGUAAGAACAGCAAGAAAUAAUCUAAGAGGGUACGGUUUCGUCAGGUUUAUUCCGAGUUUGUGAAGGAUUAUUAUCAGCACAGCUAUUGCCUCUUCUAAUUAAGAAAUAAUGGAGGUGAAAUGUUCAAUUGUUAUACUUUUGUUGGCGCCGCUGAGCAUUGUAUACGGGCAAGAUGCCGCAUUCUGGAAUAGCCAAGCUCGACAAGCCAUCAGCCGGGCUCUUGAUCUACAGAAGCUGAACAUCGGAGAGGCAAAGAACAUCAUCUUCUUCCUGGGAGAUGGAAUGAGUGUACCCACGGUAACCGCAGCCCGUAUUCGACAGGGGCAACUCAGGGGCGAGACCGGGGAGGAGAAUAACCUAGCCUGGGAAACAUUCCCACAUGUGGGAUUGAUAAAGACGUACAACACCGAUGCCCAGGUGCCUGAUUCUGCCGGAACAGCGACAGCCUUCUUUUCAGGCGUGAAGACAAAAUCAGGAGUCUUGGGCAUCGACGACCGCGUCGAAUACAAAGAUUGCGAGAGCGGCAAGGGUGGCGAAGUCGACUCCGUUCUUGUUCAGGCCCAUAAUCUCGGGAAAGCAACGGGUAUCGUAAGUACAGCUCGCAUCACCCAUGCCACGCCCGGUGCCACGUACUCACAUUCAGCCAGUAGAAAUUGGGAAUCGGAUAAGUACAUUGUCGAAGAUAAUGAAGACGGAUUGGGCUGUAAGGACAUCGCCCUCCAACUCAUCGAAGACAACGCAUUUAUCAAGGUAAUCCUUGGAGGAGGUAGAAGAAACUUUUACAAUGCAUCUGAAGCCAGUCCCGAAGAUCCAAGUAAAAGUGGAUACCGAAUAGACGGGAGAAAUCUUACUGAUGAAUGGAGGGAUGGCAAGGACAACGCUGUCUACGUUUGGAAUAAGGAACAAUUUGACGCGGUUGAGGAGAGCACCACAGACUAUCUCUUUGGCCUCUUCGAAGAGUCUCACAUGAGAUAUGCCAGCGAGUCCGAAGAGGGCAAUGAUCCGAGUAUUGCUGCCAUGACGGAAAAAGCUAUCAGGAUCCUCAAAAGAGAAGAAAAGGGAUUCUUCCUCGCUGUUGAAGGCGGACGUAUCGACCAUUCUCACCAUGCUGGCAACGCCUACAACGCCCUUGGAGACACCAUAGCAAUGUCAGACGCCGUUGCUAAGGCCUUAGAGAUGACGGAUGAUAGUGAUACACUUAUCAUAGUAACCGCAGACCACGCCCACACGAUGGGGAUUGCUGGAUACCCUGAAAGGGGUAAUAAGAUUCUCGGUUUAUCCGGGUCUGACGGGGAGGACGAUUUACCCUAUACCACUUUAGCUUAUCUGAACGGGCCUGGUGCCAGAGCAGUUCGGGAAAGUUACAUGAAUUUUACUAUGAGAACAAACCUAACUGUUAUAGAUACCGAGGAUGCUGAUUACCUCCAAGAGGCUAUAGUACCACUCAGCUCAGAAACCCACGGUGGUGACGAUGUAGCAAUCUAUGCCACCGGACCGAUGGCUCACCUUUUUCACGGGGUCCAGGAACAGAGUUAUAUUGCCCACGUGAUGCGCUACGCGGGAUGCUAUGACCAAUAUGACUCGACGAACGCGUGUAUGAAUUCUGCCACGAGCAUCAUCCCGGGUGCAGCUCGCGUUUCGCUUAUGGCUCUGCUGUCUGCACUGAUCACAUACUUAUUUUAAGACUGCAUCCAAGAUAGCUUUUAUAUUAUUAUGAAAUGAUCACACCCCGAUAUACGAUCCGAUUGAUCCGCGACCGGCCUGCACAGCAAAAACGGUGGUGUUAACCGGUGUACAUAGAGGACACCAGUUAUUUUACACCGGUGUUAAAUUGGUGGUGUUAGUCUUACACCU